CUCGGCGCGGACAAAAUGUCGGCGGGCGGCAGCGGCGGGGCCCGGCGGGGCGGGGACCCGCCCGGGGUGCUGAGGGCGGCCGGCGGCCCCCCGCCGCCCGCGGGGCCCGGCGCACUGAGCGGAGCCUGGCUGGCCAAGGAGGAGCAGUACAAGCGACUGAAUGCAGAAUUAGAAGCCAAAACAGAAAAACUGGUGCGUCAGGCUGAAGAGCUGAUGAAAGGCCAACAGAAGAUACUAUCUCAACCAGCUUCAGUACAGUCUAAGUCACCUGAUGACAGACAGAGAGAUCCACUCUUCCACUUCAGUCCUGAAGUUUCAUCUCCUACACACUCCCAUGCCAAGGUAGCAAGCAAGAAGAAAUGUGCUGCUGCACCCACAGAUCAGAACAGGCAGUACUCUGGAAGUAAGGGAAAAAGAACAACUUCAAGUUCAAAACCAAGAAACAUGGAAGUGCAAAGCGCUGAUGGUGUUGCAGUACUGGAAGAUUGCAUAGGUUUUUCUUUAACAAAAACAAUAAGCAAAGUUGAAGAAAAACUAAAGAAAGGAGUCUUACCAGAUUGUCCAGAUGAUGAUAUUAUUCCAACUGCUGGAAAUGAAAUGGGAGCAGAAGCUCAAAUCAGAUUUCUUAAGGCAAAGUUACGUGUCACACAGGAAGACCUGGCAAAUGUAGUGUUUGAAUGCAGGAAAAAGGACGAUCAAAAUCAGAAUUUAGAAACUCGGCUUAAAGAUACGGAAGAAGAAAACACAAGACUGCAGCGAAUGAUGAGUGUGCAGCAGAACCAGGCUGAGAGGUACAGGAUGCUGUCACAAGAAGCAAACAGAAAAAGUGAAGGCUUACAACAAGAAGUCACUGCACUAGAAAAGGAACUGGAGAACCUGAAGCGGGUACAAAAGCAGGCCACGGCCACUCAGAGCGCGACAGAGGUUCGACUGAACAGGGCCCUGGAGGAAGUGGAAAGGUAUAAAGUGGAGCUGAACAAACUGAAGCAGAGCAACAAGGAUGUAGCUAACCAAGAACUCAAAACAAUUGAAGAAUUAAAAACAGAAAACAAGAAACUGCAGAAACAAAAAGGAGAGCUAAUUACGGGUUUUAAAAAGCAGUUAAAGUUAAUUGAUAUUUUGAAGAGACAAAAGAUGCACAUUGAAGCUGCCAAGAUGCUUUCUUUUACUGAAGAGGAAUUCAUGAAAGCUCUUGAGUGGGGAAAUUAUUGAUUCCAUUAAAAAACAGCUUCUGUUUGAAAGACAA